AUGGAGGCUUCAUCACGUCCUUCUACACCAUCCUCACCCCCCUCCCCUCCCAGACCCCCUGCCCCGAGCCCGCCCUCAGACUCUGGUUACCAUGGUAACAGUGGAGGCUCCAGGGACGAUUCGGACUCUGGCGCUCAGGGGAUCCACCUUCUACUCAGACCCCCGGACCUCCUGUCCCCCAGUCUCCCCCCGCCCCUCCCCCCUCACACCCAGCCAACCCUCACCCCUCCUCCCCCCUGGGAACAGGGUCCCUCCCUGGAGGAAGUUUGGGGUUCUGGAGACUACCUGGAGACUCUGUCCUUCAUGGUGCCCGACGGCGAGGAGCUGGCCCUGGCCACGCCGCUGCCCAACCACCCCUACGAUGAUGACGCCGGUGGGGACUGGGUCUCUUAUGACACUGCCUUCCCUGCUCGUCCCACCGUCCCUCUCUCCACCCGUCUCCCCCUCUCGCCCUCCUCCUCCACCCCCAGCAUCCGACUGCACACUCGCCCCACCCACCUGGACGUCUUCCCCACCUGGGAGGAGGACUAUGACCUGGAGGACAUGAUGCCCCUGGAGCCGACGGAGCUGCUGCUGCCAGACAUGAACAGUCUGGAGUAUUACACCAACCUGCUGGCCCGGGAGAGAGAGAGGGAGAGGGAGAGGGAGAGAGAGAGGGAGAGGGAGAGGGAGAACAACAGGGAGAAAGACCAGGACCAGGUCAACUGGACCGAUGCCAAACCCCCCAUCACUCCUACAACAACACAAACUCACCGUCUAACUCCAUCUCCAUCUCCAUCCCCAAGCUCUGGCCCUCCUCCAGGACGGGAGCCCAAGCGUCCUCUGGCUGGGCCCACCCCUCCCCUCACCCUCUCUCCCAUCCUCACAAGUGAGAAGAAGCCACCUGCUCAAUCAACUACCCUCAAAACCCCCUCCACCACUCUUCUGUCUGCUACAAAACCCAAAGAUCACAUCCCAGUCCCGGGGAGAUACCCUCCCCGCCCUCCUUCCAACACCACCAGCCGGGUGCCUCCCCCACCCCCGUUGGGACCACCCACCCGUCCCGACAGACCAGAAAGGCCCCCGGUGGUUACGGAGAAGCCAGUGAAGGCUCCACCCACCAGGACCACCACCAACACCAAGACGACGACCACCACCACAAUCACCACCACCACCCAGAUCACAGCCAUCAGCCUGACCAGAGCCCCCCCUGUCACCACACCAAGAGUGGCCCAGAUCCCGCCCACCAGACAGUAUCUGUGUAACAUCACCAAGCCAGACAUGUACCUGGUCAGAGUAGUCAGCUCCAAGGGUUCGUCGGCUGGUUUCAGUCAGGUCAGAGAUCUUCUGAAGAGAGAGUUCAACCGCUCAGUGGAGCUCCAGGUAAAUGUCACCUCAUCCAACUUUGCCUUUCGUGUUGUAUCAGGACCGUUGAUCUUCACUGCUGUGGCCGUCAUCAACGCCCUCCGCCAACCGCCGCGUUCUUUCGGCCCGGUUCCCACCGUGUCACCACUCUACACCAUACCUGACCUCAGGUAUCAGAUCCACUCUGUGCUGCAGUUCGUCCCCGCCCACGUCGACAUCCGAGUCUGUAACUUCAGCGAACGGGUGGAGAGAGGGCUGAUGAUGGCGUACGCAGAGACACGGAGGCGCUCACAUGAGGCGGGAAACGUCACUGUACAGCUGUUGAACAUCACAAUGGGCGUGUCCCAGCCGGCGCCUGAGCAGAAGGUUCCUGUGGAGAUCACAUUUGCGGUGCGUGAUGGGCGGGGCUACCUGCCAGGGUCAGAGGUCAGCAAACACCUGAGGAAGCUCAGCGUGGUCGAGUUCAGCUUCUACGUCGGAUUUCCUGCUGUGCAGAUUGCAGAACCCUUUCACUACCCGGAGCUGAACACAUCGCACCACCUGCGCUCCACCUGGGUCAGAACAGUGCUGCUGGGAGUUCAGGAUCAGCUGGUGACAGAGAGAAGCUUUAAAGCUCGUCUGGAGAGACGUCUGGCUCUGCUGCUGGAGGAGGGACUGCAGGAGUCCAGCAGGAGGCGCUGGAGGAGAGCUACUGCCGUGGGCAACAACAGUCUACAGGUGGUGCGGGUGGCGAGGCUGUCGGGGGCGGAGCGCCCCCUGGAGGUCUUGUAUUUUGUGGAGGGUGCGGCCGGUGAGCGGAUCCCGGCCGAGACGACCGCCGCCACCCUGAACCGUCUGGACCUUCAGAGAGCCGCCAUUGUCCUGGGACACCGAGUCCAGAGACCGCUGGCCCAGCCUGUGGAGACUCUGUCCGUUCCCCCGGCAGAGACUCAGAGCAGCAGCAUCUGGCUGAUUGUGGGCGUGGUUGUCCCCGUCCUGCUGGCUGUCUUCAUCAUCAUCAUCCUCUACUGGAAACUGUGCGGCUCCGAGAAGCUUGAGUUCCAGCCGGAUGCCAUCAACACAAUCCAGCAGAGACAGAAGGUGAGAAGUCAACAGGAAGUCAGUCAAUGUGUCCUCUGUCCUCAGCUUCAGGCUCCCAGCGUCAAAGGCUUCGACUUCGCCAAGCUCCACCUCGGUCAGCACAGUAAAGAUGACAUCAUGGUGAUCCAGGAGCCUGGGCCGCUACCCGCCCCUGUCAAAGAGGCCACGCCCUCUGACGGCGGAGACCUCAACACCCCCAAAUCUAAAGGGUCGUCCACCAAGGCAGGCCGGUCCAGCCGCCGCAGAGGAAGGCUCAGCCCAUCGGACGGAGACUCGUUAGGCAGCGACCAAUCCAGCGGCAGAGAGUCAGCAGAGGAAAGCACCCGACCUGUGGCCACGCCCAUUGAGGGGAAACAGCACAGGAAGACGCCCAAAAAUGGUCUGAGACACACUCCAUCAUGCAGCGGUCCAGACGAACUUCUCUCCUCAUCCUCCAUCUUUGACCACGUGGACCGUCUGUCUCGAGGCUCGUCUGACGGCACUCGUCGACAGGCCAACAAAGUGCAGCUGAUCGCCAUGCAGCCUCAACCGAGUCCGCCACCGCCUCACGCCCCAUCACAGCCGAGCCCCACGCUCACAGAGAAGGUGAACACAGAGGUGAGAGAGUCAUCAAGCCUACAGGUGGCGUUGAGACACAAGUCAGAGAUCGAGCAUCACAGGAACAAACUUCGGCAGCGGGCCAAGAGGCGGGGCCAGUGUGAAUUUCCCUCCAUGGAUGACAUCAUGGACGCCUUUGGAGACGGGCCGGUGCAGAGCGAGGUAGCACAGCGACUCUACAGCUCCGCCCAUGACCACAUGGACUGCAUCCUGCAGGCCGACGCCCACUCACCCCCCACGCACAUCGACUCCAGGAAGAGUGCUUGUCUCUCCAGGGGGAGGCGCUCUCCUCGGGGUCGGCGUGCUCAGCCGGGACCCGGAAGUCUUCCUGACACAGACAGAGACCGGCUGCUCACCGAUCAGAGUGCCACCUACAGGAAGUACCCAGGACUCAACAACGUGGCCUACAUGUCAGAUCCUGACCUGCCCCCAGAUCACGGCAGUCCGUCCCCUACUGAUGAGGUGUUUGACCCAGCCCCGGCCCCACCACCAUACAUGCCCCCCCAGCCUUCCAUAGAGGAGGCCCGACAACAGAUGCACUCCCUCCUGGACGAUGCCUUUGCUCUGGUGUCUCCGUCCUCGCAGGGCAGCGCAGGGGUUAGCGGGGUAAGCCCUGCCCUGCCUAGCCCCUCCCCUCAGGCCCGCCCCCCAGGCAGACAGUGGGGCUCUUACCCAGCAGCCCCCUCCCACAGCCCCUUCUCUGCAAGAUAUGCAGAGCUGGGAAUGUCUCCUACAUCAGUCCAGGGACUGCUGCAAAGGUCAGUGUCAGUGAAUUUAAAACCAGGGUAUGUUUCUACUGGAGAUCAGCUGCAGGAGACGGUUUACUCCAACAGAGGGCAGUAUGAGGACCCCCCCUCCUCCUCCAGACCACGACCUGUAGGGGGCAGCACAGGUGCACAACUCCACCACUUGACACAGGUGGGUUUGUCCAGUCAUAUCGGCGCUUACCCUGGGGUGGGUCGCAGCAUGUCUGGCCCCACUGGCUCAAGCUGGAACCAGCAGCACACAGACCAGGACCUAUCCAGACCAGGAGCCAGUAGAGAGAGUGUGCUGUCAUUCCCUGAGUUCUCCUCUUCCUCUGUUUUCCAGAUGCCCAGCUCCUCGUUGCGGGACCCAUCAGCACCACCUCUCCUCCUGACCUCACCCACUCCAGAAUACCCACCAGAGGACGCCUCGCCCUCCGCCCACACCUCUGCCUCACUUAUCAAGGCUAUCAGGGAGGAGCUGCGUCGUUUGGCCCAGAAACAGGCUUCAGUGACCAGCUACCCUUAGACAGAUCUGGACCAGUUUGGAUCAGAAUUCAACUGGUUAUUGUUUUAAACCACUCAAAGCCUGUUAGGACUGGAUUAAAACCCUAAAACUAAAUGAUCCACACUCUGGACUCUCUUGAGCUAAUCUAUGUCUGUAUCGCUAAACCCAAAAUAACUCUGGACCACGAUCCAUGUCUCCUGUCUUCUGAUUGAAAGACCUCCGGUACUUUACAGGGUCCCGUCUGCCUGUCUGUCUGUCUGUCCGUCAUUCUUCAGCUCAGUGUUUCAUUGGACGGGAGUUGGACUCUUUGUGUUUCCACUGAAGUGCUUCCUGGACAGGAUUGUCCCUCCUAGAGUUUUAGAGUGGAUCUUACUGUCUGAGUUUGUGGAGAGGAUGGUCCCUCCUGACCUUCUGGGGUCAAUCAUCCAUCCUGGAGUUCUGGAGCAGAUUGUACUUCCUGGAGUUCUGGAGUGGAUGGUCCAUGUGCACCUUCUGCAGUGGAGGUUUCUUUCUGACCUUAUGGAGUGGAUCAUUCUUAUCAUUCUGGAUUGGAACGAUCCCUCCUAACUGCUUGAAGUGGAUGGACCAAUGUUAACUUCAAGAAUGGGUGGUCCUCCAUGAACUUAAGGAGCAGAUAGUCCUUUCUGAUCCUCUGGAGUGGAUGGUCCCCUCUGAUACUGAGUGGAUUGUUCGUGGAGUUCUAGAGUUGCAAUUCAUUCCUGAACAUUUGGAGUGGAUGGUCCCUCUUGGAGAUCUGGAGUGGAUGAUUCAUCCUAACCUUCUAGUUUGGAUCAUUCCUUCUUAACCUCUGAACCCGAUUGACCCUCCAAGAUUUCUGAUUUGGAUAGUCCCUCCUGACCUUCUGGAGUGGAUAGUCCUUUCUGGACUUCUGGAGUCAAUCAUCCAUCCUGGAGGUCUGAAGUGAAUUGUCCCUCUGGACCUUCUGUGGUGCUAACCGUUAGCCUCAUACCAUCUCCUCAUUGAUCACUUAUUGCCUUCCACACUUCCAUCAGCCAUGGGGAUCAGGUCUCUGCUCAUAAACCAUAUUGAUGAGGUCUUGCACUGUCGACAGCAGGAGGUGGCACACAGUUCCCACAUCAAAGGGACAAAAACAGGAAAAAAGUAUAAAUAAAUAUCUAUAAGAAUGAAUAUAAAUAUAUGUAAAGAGAUAGAAUCCCAAUGAGCACAAUAUUAAUGUUAGCGUUAUUAUUGGAGUAUUGAGAUGUUACUUAUUUUUUAUUGCUCAUAUAUGAAAGUAUACUUUAAAUCCUUUAUUUUGAUGAAAAAAGACCAAACUACUGUUCUGUGGUUGUAAUCCUCUUGUGUUUGAGCUUGCUGUAGAUUUUGAGCCAGCUUUUGUUUCUCUGUGGAGACGUUGCUUAGCGUAGCUGCUCGCUCGCGUUUUCAUGUAUCGGUGGCAAUGAAAAAAAACCUGCGCUAAUGCAUUGCUUAAAUAUCUAAUUUUUUUCAUUGCGGAUUUGUUGCAUCCAUCAGUCUGUGGGCAGAGCGACAAGUCUGUUAGGUGACAGGUGGGUCAAGGGGUUAGUGUAGCAGGCAAAGAUGGGAAACAGUCAUUCAGCAGAAUCAGGUACUACAGCUAACGCUAAAAGCAGACACACCAGCGUCCCCCAGAGCCUGUAAUAUUUAAUGCACACAAGAAAACAGACUCACCACUAACUGACUGUCAGUCAAUCAGUUUUAUAUAAAGUAAAGAAUCACUGUGCAAUAUGGUCCCAGUACACAGUACAACACAGACAGCAAGCACAUAAGAUAAUGAAAAUUAAUAAAAUAAAUAAAUAACAGCUGAAUGAAGGUUCCCUCUGUUGGUUUACAGCUGAAUGAAGGUUCCCUCUGUUGGUCCCAAAGCUGAAUGAAGGUUCCCUCUGUUGGUUUACAGCUGAAUGACGGUUCCCUCUGUUGGUCGUACAGCUGAAUGAAGGUUCCCUCUGUUGGUUUACAGCUGAAUGAAGGUUCCCUCUGUUGGUCGUACAGCUGAAUGAAGGUUCCUUCUGUUGGUUUACAGCUGAAUGACGGUUCCCUCUGCUGGUUGGAUGUUUUCUCUGUAGUGUUGUGAAGAAUUUGGUCGCUCGUGAAAUCUGGUUCCACGGGGUAGGAGAGGGUUUGUUCGUCUUUGCUCUCUGCUCUUCUUCAGCAUGUUUGACUGAGUUUGAGGCUUUAGCUACUUGUGAUGUUCCAGUUAAUGUUAGCAUGCUGCUAAAAGAUGUUAAAAACAAAGUUUGUAAAAGUGAAGAGUUGUUCCACAUCAAGUUAAGAGCGAGCAAAGAGUGAUUAAUGUCACAGUGCCAUAAAACCAUUGUUCAUCUAAACACAGUAGAAAAAAACCCAUCUUAAAACGUAUUCUUUUUGUUUUGUUUUUGUUUUUCAUUUCCAGAAGAUAUUUUUGAAUCUAAAUGAAGAUGGUAACAAUAAACAGUGUAUAACUGAAAAUUGAUAUGAUGUUGAAUAGAAAAAAAUCAUGCUUAGAAAAUAUUUUAUCUGUGAUAGCUUUGCUGAAUGGACUCAAACAUCUGCCCGGCGAUGAUGCCGACACACCUUCCAUGGACCAGAAUCCAACCGCCUGGAGACUUUCUGAUUGGGCCUAGCACCUGUCAGUCAAGCUGUGGGACUUGGCCAAGCCUACAGGAUCACAUGGUGCUAAUUCAAGGACUCAAGGUGCGUCUGAAAAAAAGAUAAACCCUGCAGGUGUCAUGAUUGAAAAGAGAAGUUUGUCUUCUCACAUCGAACUCUGGAUUCAAGCUGCUGCUCUGCAGGUUUCAUAAACUCCUCCUGAAUGUUUCCUCCAUGUUUUCUAGAUUUUCUGUGUUUUCUAGAUCUGUGAUCCUCAGUGAGAAUCCAGUACACAACCAGGUGCACUGUGGGUGUUUUAUUCAUGACAAAACUACUGGUCCAGACUCAGAGACCCACCUGGUACUGAGAGGUACUGAGCCCAAAUGUCUGAAAGGUGAUGUUUUAUCUUGUCAUUAACAUUGACACAAGGAUCUGAUUAACACAUCAAAACAAUUUACCAACAACUGCACAAGAUAUCGGCCCGUCAAAGAUACUUUACCUGUCGGACUCUGACCUGAUUAAACCUGAUCAGAACCUGCUCUGUUCUGACCUUGUGCAGGUGUGUUUUCAGGUCUUUACCUGUUGGAUUGUUUCAGGAGUUUUGUCAUGAAUAAACUUCCGUACAGCUGCAGCUCUGAGUCAAACCACAUUCCUGUUGUUCCUCUCUGGACUCUGUUCCAACAGGUAGCUUCACUGAGAACUCAGACCAGGUGAGUUCACAUCAGUCCAGGUUCCAGGUAUGAUUCAGGUCUCAGUGAAGCUGCUUUGUGGAGACAGACUCUGAAGGAAGAGUUAUUUUAAUGUCAAAUCAGUGACCUGGGAACACUGCCAGCAGUUUCACCUGUUCAACAGCAGCCAGCUGAGCUCUCAGCUGAUCUGACUGUGUCACAUGACAGGACCUGUUCAACCCAAAGUCUGUGUGAGCUGCAUCCUGUGGUGUUUCAAUCUAAAAGACUGUGUUAACAAACA